AUGGUGUUGACUGCAUUGUUGAUGCUGUUGGUAUAUCAGAGUGUCACAGAAGGUUUUAACAUUGUCUUGCAGGCCAAUGUUGGUAGAUGUUUACACGUUGGGGAUACACUUGAACUUCACUGCAGUAUCAGCAACUGGGAAGAAACCCAUGACCCUGACUUGAAUCAACUACAGAUAAUACACAAAAAUGGAGGAAAAGUCAACACCUCCGUUGUCGAUAACCGAACUGUUCUAGGGACAGUGUCAAAUGUGAAAGCGGUUGGCAAAUUGAUAUUCGAAUGUCGAAACAAAUCAGACUUCAAUGAGUAUAAUUAUCUUUCCUUCGAAGUAACAGAGCCUGAUCCAAUGCCCGAGGACAUCAUGUGUAUUGCUAAUGGUGCGGUGAACAAAGUCGUUUGCUCCUGGGAGAGUCGAGACAGAUGUACCACUUGGCGCCUGUUUUAUUCAGUUAAUGGCGAACCUGAAACCGAAUGUGAGCUUCCGGUACAAAAUAUAUCAAAGCACUGUGCAAGUGGAAGCAUUAAUUCUAACUUGAAGUUAAGAAAUAGUUGCCACAAAGAAGAACCCUUGCAGUUGGAAUGUAUUUUGAAGAUCUCAAAUGUUCAUCAAACGUUCCGACUUGAAAGAAAAUCAUCUUUUGGACUUCGCAGAGAAACAGAAAUAAAGAAGAUAUUUAAUGAUAGCAUAGUCAAACUUGAUCCAAUAGAGAACCUGCAGACUUUCACUAAUAAUGUCAGAAGUUAUGAAGUAACAAGGAUACUAUUUAGAGAGCUUCAUCCAUUUACUGAGUAUAACAUAACAGUUACCUGUAAGGUCAGUGGAAGUCCUUACUGGGGAGAUGCAGUCCAACGUUCGUUCAUAACGGAUGAAGAUGUUCCUCUAACUGGACCUCAUACAACACAUCACUCAUAUCUGUUGGCAAAGUGCAAAUCGUAUAAUGCUGAUUCCUGCUUGACCAUCCAUACCAAGCAGAUAGACGUGUUGGAAGCUCGUGGUAUCAUAUGCGGAUUUAAAGUGGAGAUGCGAGGUAGUCACAGGUCUGAUCUAAAGCAGGAAUUUGAGUUCACAAACGAAUCCACCACAUUGGAAAUUGGACCUUUAAAACGAGGAAUUACUCCACCAUACCAUGUAUCUAUAUGGUCUAAAACUUCCAAAGGACUGUCUAUUAAUUCCACAGACAUUCUCAUAUAUCCGAGAGAAGCAACCUAG